CAACAGCUAAGUUCAUUUAUACUAUAAACUUCAACCCAGGAUUUGAAUGUAUAGCCAACUUCAAUGUAUAUAUUUGGAAGGAAGUUGCUGUUAAGGCUUCACAACUUGUGCCCAUAACAUUUGGUGUUUUCAUUGAGAGUCUGAUGUCAUGGAAAGGACAAUCCACAAAGAGUUCUAACUGACAAAAGGCUGAGUAAAGUGCCAUUGAGUUGACCUUUUAAAAAUGUCAGCUCUCAAACAAGGUGGCAUUUUUAUGAGCCCCUUAUUGGGGAUCUCACAAGUGGGGUGAGGUUUAUAAAUUCAACAAGCUAGUUUUUUAGGAUGGACUUUUCCUUUAUAUUUGUACUUGUAACGUUGUAAGUUUGGAAAAAUUCCAUAUAGUUUGGGUACAAAUCUAAGUAAUGCUUAGUAAGCAUGCUAAGUAGAUGAGAGGACCAUAACUUCAAAAACUGAAGGAGGCUUGACAAAGUAAUUAUUGAAUAAUUCAUUUGUGGCAGUUGAUCAGUUAAUAUGUACAUGAACAAGUCUUCAGUCCUAUGGCAUCUUAAUUGAUUCGCUUAAAAGAUUAUUUUACACCUCUUCGGUUUCCUGUAUGGUAUAUUUAUUUGGUCAGAUAAAUCUCAAGGUUGCAUGUCAGUAAGUCUCUUUAAGGAAACGAAGGUUAAGUAUGCUGCGGUGAGUAAUGGCCAUCUUCAAGUGGCAAACAUCCCUUUUUAUGUUUCAUAUGACAUACUUAAUAUGACCUAGGUUAAAAGUGGCAUAAGAACCUUGAAGUUUUCUCAUGUCAGACAAUGUGAAGUAAGAAAUAUGAAUUAGAUAUAAUCAAAGGCCAGUUCUUGUAGUAUUUUAAAUAAAUUAAUUCCUCAAAGGUUUAACGCAAGUUGGGUGAACCUCCAGGUCUUUUAUAGAAAUGACAUGCAAGUUUUAUCUUUCUUGUUUCUAUUCUCAAACAGCAACUUCGCUCAGUAAUGAGAGAACAAUGGAAUCACAUUACCCAAAGAGCUAUAUUGAUGAAAUUUAACAGAUCUCUGGAUACUAAAUGAACUUUAUGAUAUUGAAAAUAUAACUCUUGAAUGCUAGUUAAACUGUUACAACUAGAAAGAAACUCCCCCCAGAAAGAUAGGUAAGCGUUCAAAAAUUAAUAUAGAGUAACAAGAUUAAUGGCUGUAGUUCAAGAAACUCAAGAUUAAAUAUCACAGGAUAAGAAGUUGGUGCUAUUCUUAAACUCAAUUAAGAUCUGAGAAGUCAUAGUUUCAGCGAAUCUGCUAAAAAUGGAGAGAGUAGCAUUAAGCAUAAGUAUAGCAGUAGUAGCAUAUGCAGCCACUUCUAGAAUUGGCAUGGCAAUGGCUCCAGUUCCUGAACCUGUGGAUGAAUCACCUGCCCAGAAUUCAAGAGCAGUGAGAUAUUUUGAUGUCACAAAAUACGGAGCAGAUUCUGAUGGGAAGACAGAAAGUAGCUCUGCAUUCUUAGCAGCUUGGGAGGAUGCAUGCUCAGCUGCAGGAAACUCAGUGUUGUUAAUUCCAGAAGGAACAUUCUUGGUUGGCCCAGUCUCAUUUUCAGGGCCCUGCCGCAAUAAUGAGUCCCCAAAGAUAGAGAUCGGUGGGACCCUAAAGGCUCCAAGCAGCUUCAAUUCCUUCCAAUCUUCUGAUUGGAUUGUGCUCAGAGGAUUGAAUGGCAUCAAUCUUACUGGAAUCAACAGCAUGGCAGUGUUGGAUGGUCAAGGUGCUGAAUCAUGGUCAAAGAAUGCUUGCCACAAGCACAAGCAUUGCUUCAAUCUCCCUAGUAGUCUAAGGUUCAUGAAUGUUUCACAUGGGACAGUGAGCAGCAUAAGUUUGCUGAAUAGCAAGUUCUUCCAUGUUGUGAUCUACAAGUGUGACAACAUGAAUGUGUCAAACAUAAACAUCAAAGCACCUGCUGACAGCCCGAACACUGAUGGAAUCCACAUUAGUCUCUCCUCUACCAUCAGCAUCACCUCCUCAAUAAUUGGAGUUGGAGAUGACUGUGUCUCCAUUGGACCAGGCACCACCAACUUAUCUGUCUCAUUUGUGCAUUGCGGUCCAGGCCAUGGAAUCAGUGUGGGAAGCCUGGGAAAAUACCCAGAUGAGAUGGACGUUGAUGGGGUUCAUGUUUCCAACUGUACAAUCAAUGGUACUCAGAAUGGUGUGAGAGUGAAAACCUGGCCAGGGGCUCCACAUGGUCAGGCUUCAAAUUUAGUGUUUGAGGACAUAGCCAUGAUUAAUGUCUCAAACCCAAUAAUAGUAGACCAAGAAUACUGCCCCUCACGGACCUGCAAGACUAUGAAGCCAUCCGGAGUGAAGCUGAGGGACAUGAAGUUCAAGAACAUCAGUGGAACUUACAGCACCAAGUUUGCAGUAACUCUGCUGUGCAGCUCAGAUGUUCCUUGUGAGAAUGUGCAGAUGGUUGGCAUCAAUCUGAAUUCCACAGUACUGCAAGAUUUCGAAACGUACAGCUUUGUUACAAGGGGUGGCAUUGAUGGUUUAAAAUUUCUUAAUUCUUAGUUCUGAAAGGCCUAUUAAUUCGGAGCACAAUUAUUUUUGGACGUGCUGAAACUGUGGCUGUAUGGGGCAUCGCUUGUUCAACGUCCCUUCUGUUACUUUAUUUUGCAUUAGUUUUUC